AUGGCUCUCAGACCCAUAGACAACGCUCUUCCAACAACAACCCCAGAGAGACCCAAAAAACAACCCAAGAUCGCUGUUGCAACCCAAAAACAACAAGAUCGUGCUGCUGUCAUCGAUGGCGAAAACCAAGCUCCCUUGCCUUCAUCGGGGGAUGCCACUGUUGACUAUGUCUCCUCCAACAACCUUAAACCCUUGUCGGAUCCCGAAGUUAAGAUUCAGAGUUUGAUUGGAGAUUUGGAUUCGAAAAACUGGAACAAGGUUUGUGAGUCGCUGAACAAUGCUAGGCGAUUUGCGUUGUUCCACUCAUCCCUUCUGAUCCCCAUCUUGGGAAAGAUUGUGUUGGUGGUGGCGAAGACAAUGAGGAACCCUCGGAGUGCUCUUUGCAAAACCGCUAUUAUGGCUGCUGCUGAUAUUUUCAACGCCUAUGGUGACAAGUUGCUUGACCCUGAGACGUCUGAUGCAUUUGAUGGCCUGCUGCUGCAGUUGCUGCUAAAAGCCUCCCAAGAUAAAAGGUUUGUUUGUGAAGAAGCUGAUAGGGCACUUGGCUUAAUGGGGGGUUCCAUGACCCCUCUUCCAUUGCUUCAGAAACUAAGGGUGUACGUGAGUCACAACAACCUUAGGGUUAGGGCCAAGGCUGCUGUUUCUCUGUCCAACUGUGUCUCAAAGAUGGGGCUUGAAGAAAUGGAGCAGUUUGGGAUGGCUAAACUGAUUGAAAUGGCAGCUGAUUUACUGAAUGAUAGACUUCCAGAGGCAAGAGAUGCAGCACGAAGUAUUGCAACAGCAGUGUACCAGGCACUGACUAAGGACUCAGAACAGAAGAUGGAGUUGUGGCAGGGCUUCUGCCAAUCCAAUUUGCCACCCAUUCAUGCUCUUUCAAUUUUGAAAAUUGUUAAGCCCUAG